CGACGUGGGUACCCCAAAUAAAGCAGAAGAAAAUACAUUAAUAUGUAAUGCAUUUGAUCAAAUUAAAAACUCUACAAGAACAACUGGCUCUACAUAUGUACAUAUUGAAUCAGCAAAACUAUCGAUCCUGGGAGGAACAACUGGGGGUAAAUAUCAGCGGUUAAUGAAUCAGUGGAAUACAGGCCAAGGUUUAGAAGGUAUUCACAACAGAAUGAAUUAUCUGGUAUUACAACGACGAUUAUCAAUCAGACCUCAGGAUUUAAAUGUUCGUUUGAAGGAUAAAACAAUACCAUCAUUGGCACACAUAUUAGUCGUAGCUCAUCUUUUCGGUGACAUAGAAUACAGAUUCGACAAGAAAACGAAUGAUCUACGAUCGACAACAGCAUCAACGAAUAGCCAAAUUGGCAUCGAUGAUGAUGAGCAUAGUGCUUUUCAUUAUGUAUUCAAUAAGACAGCCGAUCAUGCUGAUAGUCUUUUAACGUCAACCCAAGAUAAACAUAUUCAAGCUUUUUAUGCAAAAACCAGUGAGAUCUAUCCACGUUAUUGUGUACUAUUACAAAUAUAUCGAAAUAUCACUGAAAUAUUGCAAAAAUCAAAAGACGAAAUAAAUUUUGAUGAUGGCGAAGUUGAACAGCAAACACUACGUCCAUCGUUCAUUAAUGAAGUUCAAAAACAUAUCGAACAAUUGUAUUUGAAAAAAGCAGCAAGAAACAGUCAACAGUUACCGAUUUUGUAUGUUACAAAGGACACAUGUAUGCUUGCGUGGUACUACUAUGAGCAUAUCUUUAAUAUUGCAUUAUUAUUAUUUGAUAUGGAAAACGCAUUAUCAACAAAGUCUUCGUUAUUAAUAACUAAAAAAACACAAACACCAGCGCAAAUCAUAUUGUCAUACGAAUUCAAUUUUUUCACGAAAACGACACUAACAGGCAAAAACCCACUGACAAACGCCAACAGUCCGUUUCAUAAUAAGGAGCAUUUGUUUGACGAAGGUAUUCGACAAUUAAUAUCAGCUGGUUUGGUUAUGGAGGAUAGAUGGAUUCAAAAAUCGAUUAGAUCGUAUAUGAAAGUUAUUCCACCCGAAGAUCCCACUGAACUAAUGAAUUUAGAAGAGAAAUUGAAAGAAUUUAAUGUUUCAUUACUAGAAUAUGAGACAAUAUAUAGACUUUCGGCGAAGCCAUCCGCAAGUAAAUUUACGGCAAUGUGUUGUCGUCAUUUAGCAUCAAAUAUUAUUUAUGUCAAAGAAUAUUAUAAAUAUGUAAAUGAUGAAAAUAUGAGAGAAACGAUUGAAUAUUUACUCAAUGAUGGGAAAAUAACAGAAGAGGUGGUUAAUGGUGAAAAAAGAUAUGUGGCGAUGAUCUACGAUGAUGACACCACUGAAACUAACACAAAUCUAUCACAAAUGGAAAAACAAUCAAUAUUUCCAGCAGUAUACGAAAACAAUGGACCACAACAGGUGCAGUCAGAAACUGACGGUGAUCGUCCAGUUUUUGCGCAUUUAGAUACUUCUAAAUGCAACAGUGCUAUUGCUUAUACAACAUCAGUCAUUUCUAUUGAUGAUAACAACAAUCAAGAAUUGGCAAUAUCACAGUUAUUAAGCAACAUAUAUAGUGAACGUGAUGAAGGAAUUUGUAAUGAUGAUCAGCAACAAGAAGCGAACGAACAACAACAGGAGGAAGAAUUCAUGUUAAACUCAAAUUAUAAUGAAAAUGAAAAUAAUCUUUCGCAUCAAGUACAGCCAAAUGCGCAAGAAAUAAAUGAAUAUCAACUCAUUAAAAAAGAGUUGUCCAUCGACCUAAAAGCAACAACAGCAAGUAACCAAUUAGCCGAAGAGAAUGAUAAGCAAAUAAAACAAAUAGCUCAGAAAAUAUUGCUGAGUCAUUCUGUUUUCAUGACACAAACAGAUGUUACAAAAAUGACAACUCAUUGGUCGACGAACAGGCAAGCAGCCAUUGAUCAGUUAUUAAAUAAACGAUUACUCAUCAAAGAUUUCUAUUUUUCGAAACGAAACAAAGGAAGUAGUUCUUUAACAAGCGAACUUGGUUAUGCUAAGUGCUUUCCAUUAGAUGAAUCUAUAACUGAAAGAAUUAAAUUUAACAAGCAUUUAAAUGAAUAUGGUGUAGAUAUAAAAGAUUAUUUACAAUCAUUUAACGGCGGUGAAAAAAUCGAAUUCGAUACAAAUAAUUGUCCAAUUAUUAAAAAUAAUAACGUCAAUACAAAUUGUAAAUCGUACGGUUUGUCCGAGAAAGCCGAGGAGCUAUUCUAUUCAAAUGUGUUUUAUAAACAAUAUGUUACACUAGAUAAGCAACAAAUUCUAAGACCAUUACCAGAAAUAAGUACGAAUUUAGUGUCAAAUAGUGUGGAUACAUAUCAUGAAAGUAACAAACGACCGAUAAAACGUAAUAAAGCACAAUCUAGACGAAGGUCAAAACGAAAAAAGCAAAUAUGA